AUGGCGACGCAGGUGCUGGACGCGGACGAGUACCCGGACCAGUGCCCUGAGGAGUACGCGCAGGAGUAUCCCGAGGAGUACGCGCAAGAGUACCCCCACGACUACCUUGACGCCAACGACUUCGCUUCCGAUUAUUUAUCGCAGCGAGGGGUCGUGCGACGCGCCUCCGUGCCGUCGCCGUCCGCCGCGGGGUACCAGGCAGCCGGCUUGAGCACAUCGCCGCUGCGCUCCAGCAUGGGCGCGGCGCUGGGUGCGGGGAUGAGCGCGGGGCACGUGCGGUCGGAUGCCAUUGGGGAUGGCGAGGCGGACAGAGGGCGCCACGAGCGAAGCGACCCGCGACGAGGUGGCGAGGCGAAGCAAGUGCGCAAGUUCUCGUCGCUGCCCAACUAUGCGGGCGGCACUGACGGCGCCGCGCACUCACCGCAGGAGGUAAUGAGCCCGCGACGCGUACCCAAGCCCGCCCGCCCCGCCAUGCUCUCGGGCAUGGGCAUGGGGGGGCCGCCGACGGGCAGCUAUCAGGCGUCGUCGCGCGGCGAGGCGGAGGUUCUGCGCGGCGUGCUGGCGCUGCUGGAGGCGGUGCGGGACGACGACGUGGCGCGCGUCAACCGCAUCCUGCAGGACGCGCCCUCGCGCACCGCGCUGCUCCACUGCGCGCACCCUGGCACGGGGCGGGCGGCGCUGCACGAGGCGGUGGUGGCGGGCAGCGUGGACGCCGCUGCUGCGCUGCUCGAGUGGGGGGCCGACCCCGAUGGGGGGCACGCGUCCCAGGUGGGUGCAGCACGCGUCCCAGGUGGGUGCAGCACGCGUCCCAGGGGCAUGAUAAAGCUGCUGCUGGUGGCGGGGGCCAACAUGUAUGCGCGCAACAGCGACGGGCUGCUACCGCAGCAGCUGGCGACCACAGACCGCAUCCGAGCGCUCUUCUCCAAGCUGCACGACUACCACCACCGCCACGGCCUCCUCCCGCCCCAUGCUCACCUCGCCUCCUCAGCCGCGCCUGCUGCUGCCAUGGGCGCUUCUCCUCCCGCCAGCCCGGGCGGCAUGGAGAGGCGUAGCCCGCAUGAGGGGGGGCUGCUGGGUGAUGACUCGUGGGACGACCAAGCGCCAGCAGCAGCAGUGGCGCGGCGGCAGGUGCAGAUGCAUGUGCGGGACGCGGCGCGCACGCUGUCGGUGGAGUCGGGGGGGGCGCACUACCAGCGCCGCAUCGUGGCAGCUGCGGACGCCAGCAGCAUGUCGGACGCCGAGGGCGCUACUGGCCCCCGCCGCCACGCCCCCGCUGCCGCCUCCCUCAGCGGCGGCGCUCGCGGCGAGGUCUCCCGCCUCGCCCGCCCCCGCAACUUUGCUGACUUCCGCGCGGAGCGACUCGUGGGGGGCGCAGGGGGGGCAGGGGGAGGCGGGCCCAGCACCCCCAGGGGUGGGGCAGGGACGCCGAGGGGAGGGGAGGGGGGCGGAAGGGCAGGGGGAGGGGGAGGAGCCGGGGCGCCAUCCACGCCCAGGAGGGUGGGCGCUGAGCGAGGGGGGUCGGAUGAUGACGUGGAGGAGAGGGCGGCAGGGGGAGGGGGAGGGGGCGGGGGAGGCGGAGGGCAGCGAGAGAAGGGGAUGGGAGGGCGCGUGGGCCCGGGGGGCAGUGGGGUGGAGAGGCGGGGGGCGUCCACCCCGCGUGCCGUGCGCGACAACCCCUAUGCCUCGUGGAACGGUGGCGCGCUGCCUGACAGAGGCUCCCUGGCGGACAGGAGCGGGGGAGGUGCGGGCAGUGGGGGCGACAGGCAGCCGCACCGUGACAGCGAGGUGGUGAGCCGGCGGUCGCGCGCCAUCAAGGCUGCAGCAGCGGGCGGCCCCUCCACGCCCUCGCGCUCCCCACCCCCCUCCGACUUCUCCCGCCGCUUCUCCUCUCUGCGCGUGGCUGAUGGCGCCGGCCCGCGCGCCGGCAGUCCCGGCAGCAGUGCGGGUGGCGAGGAGGACGCGGGCAGGCGGGGGGCCGCAGGCAGUGCGAGGCCGAGGAGUCCGCUCCCAGGCGCACAGGCAGCGCCAUGUGACGACAACACCAGCCCGCGCACGCCCACCGGUGGGGCGGCUCCCCCACCGGCACCAGGUACAGGGACUGGGGGAGGUGGCGCCGGUGGGGGGGGGGGACGCGUGACUCCGCGGGGAGGGCGUGAGCGCAGGUCGGUGAAGUUCGCCGUGCCCGAGGGGGGCGAGCGCGAGCGAGACAGAGACAGGGCCAGGCCCGAUAGCGGGCGGGGGAACAGUGGCUUGGACGAGGGAGGUGCGAGUGAGGGCAGGGGGAAAGGCAAGGAGGGAAGCGAGAGGAGUGAAAGGGCUGAGAGGAAGGAGCGCAGCGACCGCAAGUGCCAGUCGUUUGUGCCGCCGUCGUCAGGUGGUGCGGGCAGGAAAGGCGGUGGGGGCGGGGCGGCGUCGGUGUCGGAGGAGGACCUGAAGCUCAUCCGCGCCGACUGGCGCGCCGACGCUGCGAGGAACGGGUGUGUGGCGUGCGGGCAGGUGCAGUGCGAGUGCAAGACCAGGCCCGAGAACAGAGGUGCUGCGGUGAAGACAGGCACGGGGGACGAUGUGAAGGCGGGAGGCAGCAAGGAGGGCAAGGAGAAAGGCGGGGGGAAGGAGCAGGAGAAGCAGGAGAAGGCGGGGCAGAAGGAGGCAGGGGGGCGGGGUGUGGAGGAGGAGGACGACGACGAGGCGGUGCCGGAGGAGCUGCUGCAGGACGACCCCGAGGUGUCCCCGCUGGGCACCAUGAAGUGGAAGCGCGGCGAACUGCUGGGCGAAGGCGCGUACGGCAAGGUGUUUCUGGGGCUGAACGAGCGCACGGGCGAGCUGAUGGCGGUGAAGCAGAUGAAGAUCAACGCGGGCGACGAGCGCGCCAUGCACAUCGCAGCGCUGGAGCGCGAGAUCGUGCUGUACCGCCGCAUGCGGCACCGGCACAUAGUGGGGUACAUCGACAUGGAGAAGGACCCCUCCGACGGCUCCAUCUACAUCUUCCUCGAAUUCGUCUCGGGCGGCUCCAUCCACAGCAUGUUGGAGAAGUUUGGCAAGUUCAGCGAGUCGCUGGUGCGCGUGUACACCAGGCAGCUGCUGCUGGGGCUGGAGUAUCUGCACCGCUGCAAGAUCAUCCACCGCGACAUCAAGGGCGGCAACGUGCUUGUGGACCGCGACGGCAUCAUCAAGCUCGCCGACUUUGGGGCUUCCAAGGCGUUUCAGGAGGGGACGGUGGGCGAGGGGUGCAAGUCGAUCCGCGGGUCGGUGUUCUGGAUGGCGCCCGAGGUGAUCACGGGUGCGGGGUACGGCCGCAAGGCAGACAUCUGGAGCCUCGGCUGCACCGUCAUUGAGAUGCUCACCGGCAGCCACCCCUGGCCGGGCAUGGACAACACGUGGUCGGCCAUAUUCCACAUCGCCAAGACCACCACGGGCCCGCCCACCCCCGAGGAGAGCAGCCCCGAGGGCCGUGACUUCCUCGCCGCCUGCUUCCAGCUCGACCCCGCCCUCCGCCCCUCCGCCGCCGAGCUGCUGCAGCAUCCGUUUGUGCAGGUGCCUGACACGCCCAGGGAUGCACGCAUGGCCGGCUUCGGAUAA